GAAGAUGAUGACCUUCAAUAUAUGGAUCAUGACUAUGAAGUACCGCAGCAAAAAGGUUUGAAGAAGAUAUGUAACAGGGUGAAGUGGACACGUGAUGAGGACGAAAGGCUAAAGAAGUUAGUGGAACAAAAUGGCACAGAUGAUUGGGCUUUCAUUGCUAGUCAUCUACAAAAUCGCUCAGAUUUUCAGUGUCAGCAUCGAUGGCAGAAGGUACUAAACCCAGAACUGAUUAAAGGUCCCUGGACUAAAGAAGAAGAUCAGAGGGUUAUUGAAUUAGUUCAGAAGUAUGGUCCAAAGCGCUGGUCUCUGAUUGCAAAACACCUGAAAGGAAGAAUAGGCAAACAAUGCAGAGAGAGAUGGCAUAACCAUCUCAAUCCUGAGGUAAAGAAGUCUUCGUGGACGGAAGAGGAGGACAGAAUAAUCUAUGAAGCUCACAAGCGUUUGGGAAACCGAUGGGCUGAAAUAGCAAAACUCCUUCCUGGAAGGACUGAUAAUUCGAUUAAAAAUCACUGGAAUUCAACAAUGCGAAGAAAGGUGGAACAGGAAGGAUAUUUACAGGAUGGUAUAAAGUCUGAAAGAGCUAGUUCAUCAAAACUUCAGCCCCAGCCUUGUCUGAGUAUGGAAGACUUGAACGCUCAGAAUCAAUUUUACAUACCUGCUCAGACACAUAUUCCAGCAUACCAGUAUACCUCACCAGAACGCAGCUGCCUAGAACACGCUUCAGCUUCUUCCAACUUAGUUCAGCAGUCAUUUAUUGAUGAUGAUCCUGAUAAAGAAAAGAAAAUAAAGGAACUUGAAUUGCUACUUAUGUCAGCAGAGAAUGAAAUAAGAAGAAAACGAGUGUCUUCUCAAGCUGGAAACUUACCUUGUUGGUCUGGAAGUUUUGUCAUGGAAGAUUGUAUGUCUAAUACAUUAAAUAGCUUUGGGGAACAAACAAGUGAGUUCUACAGCAUGGAUGAGAGCCACGUCACACCUGUUCAGCAGCAUUCGCCGCCUAAAUGUUUGGCUGUGGAAGCAAAUACAAUGUUAUCAUCUCUACAAACCAUUCCAGAGUUUGCAGAGACACUAGAGCUUAUUGAAUCUGAUCCUGUAGCGUGGAGCGAUGUCACCAGUUUUGAGCUUUCGGAGACUGUUGCAUCUCCUGUCAAGCCAGCUCCAGUAAAACUGAUGCGGAUUCAGCCCAAUGAAGGGGCUGCUGAGUGCCAGUAUAAUGUCAGUGUCGUGCUUGAUGGCAAAAAACAUGGUAGCGUCAGUGGCGAGGAAGAAGCAGUUCUUCCAACAACUCCAAACUUAACCAAAUUCAGCACUCCACCUACUAUCCUAAGAAAGAAAAAGAGAUUGCGUGUUGGGCAAUCACCAGUUAGUGAACUGAACGAUGGCUCGUGUAACAAUGCCGUCAAUGUUGCACUAAAACAUACACCAGUGAAAACACUACCAUUUUCUCCAUCACAGUUUUUCAACACUUGCUCUGGAAAUGAACAAUUUAACCUUGACAAUCCUGCGUUUACAUCAACUCCAAUCUGUGGGCAGAAAGUUCUUAUUACAACUCCUCUACAGAAGGAAAUGACACCAAAAGAUCAAAAGGAAAAUGUGGGUUUUAGAACUCCCACAAUUAGAAGAUCUCUUUUGGGUUCAACACCAAGGACGCCAACUCCUUUUAAAAAUGCUUUGGCUGCUCAGGAAAAAAAGUAUGGUCCUCUCAAACUUACGUCACAACCACUUGCCUUCUUGGAGGAGGAUAUUAGGGAAGUUUUGAAAGAGGAAACUGGAACAGAUAUAUUUCUCAAGGAGGAAGAUGACGCUGUGUAUAAAAGCUGCAAGCAGGAGCACAAUUCGUCUAAAAAAGUCAGAAAAUCACUGGUCCUAGAUCCAUGGGAGAAAGAAGAGGUUGGUGCCCAGCUCUUCACAGAAGAUAAUAGUUUAGAUGUACAGUCAGAAAAUGCAUGUACCACAUCUUUAUUAAUGAUACCAUUGUUGGAAAUACAUGACAACAGAUGUAACCUGACAUCAGAAAAACAGGAUACAAAUCCAGCAAACAAAGCAAAUGCAGUAAUUAAGAAGAAAUUGAAUGCAUGUGCUUCAAAAAAUACCAAAAUGGAGAAAGCUCUUCAGUCAAAUUGUGAAUGGGAAGCAGUCGUUUAUGGAAAAACAGAAGACCAGCUCAUCAUGACUGAACAAGCAAGAAGAUACCUGAGCACAUACACAGCUACCAACAGCACUUCAAGGGCUCUGAUACUGUGAUGGUCACUGCAACUGACAGCUGUUUCUUUCCGUUGAACGUGGCACAAUGUUGAAGGCAAUUCCAGCGCAAUACUUAUGAAUUAACUCCUUACUUUGAGGCAGUCUGCCAAGGGAAACCUUAAAGCUACCUUCAAGCUUCCUUUCUUCUUUUGAGUGUCAAAGAACAGUCAUGAAGCUCUCAUAUUCUCUACAAAGGGAUACUACAAACAGUUCUGUAAUUAAUUUCUUAAAUAUUAAAAAGAUAACAACCUAAAAUAUGAUAAAGAAUGGUAAAAAACAUUGCAGUACUGACAACAUACAGUUUUUAGGUCAAUUUUUCAUAUUUAUUCUUUUGACUUGCAU